UUCAAUAACGUAAGAUCCUUUAAAAUUUGAAAUAAGGACAAAGAAGUACUAAACUAUAUAUUAUACAUGUUAGUGACAUCGGAAUAAACAAACAAAUUAGCAAAAUGAAUACACCGCCGGCUGAAUUAAGUUUUGAUGAAAUAUUAAAAUUUAUGCUUGCACAUAAUGGUAAAGUUACUAAUCAUGAAUUGGUAAAACAUUUUAAAGUUUUCCUAAUGAAUCCUGAUAUGAGAGAUUCAGCCAGAAAUACGUUUAAAAAACUUGUGAAUACAUUAGCUGUAAUAAAAACUCAAAACAAUGAGAAAUGGUUGAUUUUAAAAAAGAAAUAUAUGCCAGUUAACAAUGUAAAAGAUAUUAGUGAAAGUACUGGGUUUCCAAAUGAAGUAUUAUCAGUGCCAAUUGAUAAUAAUAUUGGCAUUUUGGAACAUCAAUCAGUUAAGCCACAAGAUAUUAUAACCCAAGCAAAACCAUUACAACUGAAUGAGGAUUUAAAUAUAGUUUCAAGUUUAAUUCAAGCUCCUGCACCAAUGACGCCAACAAGCACUCUUCAAGUAUCACUUGAUUCCUCAGAGAGAUUGGACACACCUGAUGAUGUUCCACCAAAAGUACACCCAAGAAGAAAAUCUACAGACAAAUCAAUAUCAGUCAAGCGACCAAGUGUGACUAAUAUUUCUCCCAAUAUGAUGGUUUCUGAUGAAAAUUCUGCAUCAAGUGAAUCACCACCAACCUUGAAAUCUUCAAAAAGUGAGUGUUUAUUAGUGGAUGGUGAACAGAAAAUAUCGGUUAAGGAAAGAAAGCAAAUGUUUAAUAGAAUGGCAUCGGAAAGUGAUGUGUUGAAAAGCAACAAGCUUAGCUUCAAUUCUUCGAAUUUGGACGAGGAUGACCGGAGUAGUAAAACAUCGUUGGAGCAAAAGGAAAAUGAUCCUUUAGAUCCGAGACAGAAACAGUGGAUACUCUGUGCUGCAAGAGGAGAUUAUCAUAUGCUGGCGAAGAUGUGCAAAGAGAAUCCCAAGCUAGCCAAGACAAAGGUCUUCCUUUUGAGUAAGUAAUAGGAUCCAUUUACGGUAAGUUGGUGAUGAAUAAAAAAAACUUGGUAAUGUAGAAGAAGAUAUAAGUACUGUUAAAACAUAUCUCU